AACGAAACGAACCUGUCAUUUCCUCCAUUUUGUCACAAAAAAUGAUGUAAAUCAAUUUUUAUUAAUAUUAAGCGGUGUUGAAACGAUUUAGUGUUAAUUCGAUUUAAAAUAAGUGAUUAGUUAUUAAAUUUUGAUUUAUAACGUGUUAUUUUUUAAAUCGCCCCGAAAAUAACGAAAAAUGAGUCUUACGAGCAUCCUCCCAGCUCCGACUCAAUCAAUUUGGGAUCGGGACGAUGAAAAGCGCGCGAAUGAGAAGAAAACGUCGGCGGUUGUAAUAGCUCACCACAUAGCCCCACCUUACGGGCAACGUCGAGGAUGGAUUCCGCGCAAAUUAAGCGAUUACGGGGAUGGGGGAGCGUUCCCCGAGAUUCAUGUAGCUCAAUACCCCCUUGAGAUGGGGAUGAAAAAUAAAGAAUCAACCUCGAAUGCGAUUGCUGUUCAAUUAGACGCUGAGGGUAAGGUUAAAUACGAUGUGAUCGCCCGGCAAGGACAUGGAAAAGAUAAAAUCGUUUAUUCUAAGUUAUCUGAUUUGUUACCGGUUGAGGUGAUGGCUGAAAAUGAUCCGAGUUUAGAAAAACCUUCAGAAGAGGAAAUUGAGGAUUUAACCGAAAAAACGCGGCAAUCAUUAAUGAGGAUAACUAACUCAAAAAUCGCUGCAGCAAUGCCGGUGAGGUGUGCUGAAUCCCAAGGACCUUCAGAGUUCAUUAGAUACACCCCCUCUCAACAAGGAGCUGCUUUUAAUUCAGGGGCUAAACAAAGAGUUAUUCGCUUAGUUGAAGCCCAAGUUGAUCCAAUGGAACCCCCGCGAUUUAAAAUAAAUAAAAAAAUCCCUCGAGGUCCCCCUUCACCUCCCGCCCCAGUCCUACAUAGCCCCACGCGAAGAGUCACAGUUAAAGAACAACGCGAAUGGAAAAUCCCACCUUGCAUUUCAAAUUGGAAAAACGCUAAAGGUUACACCGUUCCGUUAGAUAAACGUUUAGCGGCCGACGGUCGAGGACUCCAACAACAACACAUCAACGAGAAUUUCGCAAAACUAGCGGAAGCUCUAUACAUCGCGGAUAGAAAAGCUCGCGAAGCCGUCGAAACUCGCGCUCAACUCGAAAAGAAACUCGCUCAAAAAGAAAAGGAACAAAAAGAGGAACAUUUAAGGGUUUUGGCCCAAAAGGCGCGUGAUGAACGCGCGGGAAUUAAAAGUUCCGGGGGGGAUCCCAACAAUUUAAACGAAGAGGAACGCGAAAGAGAGACGUUACGUCACGAUCGGCAUAAAGAAAGAGCCCGCGAACGUAAUUUAGCGCGAGCGGCUCCCGAUAAACGUUCGAAAUUGCAAAGAGAUCGCGAUCGAGACAUCUCCGAACAAAUUGCUUUGGGGAUGCCGGCUAGAAAUGUUGGAAGUGGUGAGGGUCAAUUUGAUCAAAGACUUUUUGGACAAAAUCAAGGUUUGGGGCAUGGUUAUGGUGAUGAUGAAGCUUAUAAUGUUUAUGAUAAACCAUGGCGCGAAGGCGGGUCGAUGGCUAAUCAUUUAUAUAGGCCAGGGAAAAAUAUUGAUAAAGAAGUUUAUGGGGAGGAUUUAAAUAAGUUGAUUAAAACGAAUAAAUUCGUUCCCGAUAAAGAGUUUACAGGGACGGAUCGAUCCGCGGGGAAUAGAUCUGGACCGGUUCAAUUUGAAAAAGAAGAGGACCCUUUUGGAUUGGAUCAGUUUUUGACUCAAGCUAAAAAAGCGAGUAAACGGAAGGAGCCGGAACGACGAGAUGAAAGAGAUAAGAAGAAAAGAAGGGAUUAAAAAAAAUUAUUUUUAAGACUAUUUUAAUCAAUAAACUUAAUAUUAACUACAA